AUGAAACCUACUUUAUCUACGAUCAAGAAAGAUUCAACCUUCUCAUCAACAACUAAUAGGUCAUGGACAAUAUGGUCAAAAGAUGGAGGAUGUCCUUUUGGAACUGUUCCUGUUAAGAGAAUGACAAAAGAUGAUCUUAUAAGAUUAUCUCGUAUGCCUCCUCCGGAGGAUGUCACAUUCAACGCUGAAUAUGAUGUUAGCAACAACAAUAGUAGGCCAAAUGGAGGAUACAUAUCUUCACAAGGAUAUAAGGUUGCAAUAGCUCAAAUUUCAUAUAAUCCACAUAACAACUUUGCGGGAGCCGGAAUGGUUACUAUUUUGUACAAUCCUCAAGUUAAUGGACAACAACACAGUGGAUCUCGACUAAAAAUUCAUAAAGGAUCAGAUAUCUUACAAGUUGGUUGGAGAGUGGAUCCAACGUUAUACGGGGAUAUUAAAACUAGAUUGUUUAUACAUUUUCAGGCUGGUAAAAUUCAUUGUUUCAAUACAUUAUGUCCCGGCUUUGUACAAGUAAACCAUGACAUACCUCUUGAUACUCCAUUCAUGAAUAUUUCACAACGUGGAGGAGAACAGUGGGGUAUAACAGUACACAUUGAUCGGGACUUAUCAGGAAAUUGGUGGCUUUUAAUGACACCAAACUUUACGCGAGUAGGUUUCUGGCCACAAAGUCUCUUCACUGACUUGAAAAGCUUUGCUACGAAUGUUGAUUGGGGAGGAGUUGUAUAUAGUCCACCAGGUGUACCUGAACCUCCGAUGGGCUCAAGCCAAUUUCCUAUUGAAAACACUUUAUAUGAUGCUUAUUGUGCUGAUGUUACAAUUGUAAACGAGAAAGGAAAAACAAUUGAAGUAGAUUCAACAAUCACACAUACCGAUUAUCCAUACAAGGUUGAAUUUAAAGAACUUUCACAUGGUGCAAAAGACAAGUAUUUUGUUCUUUACGGGGGACCAGGUGAAAGUACACAUGUUUAAUAGGAAAAAAAAUCUUCCAAAUCAUGAAAGAAGUUGAAGAAAAUUGUUCCAAUUUGUUCUAUAUACACCUUUAAUUUGAAUGUUAUAUUAACUUCCAAAUAAAUGCAAAGGAAA